CUCGUGGCUGCGCUGGAUAUUCGGAAUGGGUGAGCGUCGAAAACUAGGGGAUGUCGCCCUAGACAUUGUCCUUUUUGCUGGCAUGAUGACAGCUGGUCUCUACGUUGCUCGCACGUUUCUGAAUCCCAUCUUGAGCAACCUGGUAGAUCCUGAUAAAGAAAAGCACGAGCAGGCGAAGCGCCAGGCCAAAGCCCACCUUGAUCGCUUAAGUCGAAGGCGACAUAUUGAUGGCAUUGGAGAUAACGGGGCUGAUGGCGCUCGUGGAAGCGCGCGAGUUGAAGAACUAGUCCUGAACGAAUACGAAAAUCUAAUAGCACUAGAAAUGGUGGCGCCGGACGAUAUUCAUGUCGGCUUUGACGAUAUUGGCGGUCUGGAUAUGAUCAUUGAGGAACUGAAAGAAUCUGUCAUCUAUCCAUUGACGAUGCCCCAUCUCUACCAGCAUGCCGCUUCGUUACUGUCUGCACCGUCUGGCGUUUUGCUAUAUGGACCGCCUGGUUGCGGCAAGACGAUGCUGGCCAAAGCUCUUGCCAAGGAGAGCGGCGCAUCAUUUAUCAACCUGCAUAUAUCAACGCUCACAGAGAAGUGGUACGGCGAUUCCAACAAGAUAGUCAGGGCCGUUUUCUCCUUGGCUCGCAAGAUGCAACCGGCCAUUGUAUUCAUCGAUGAGAUUGAUGCCGUUUUGGGCACACGGAGAAGUGGCGAACAUGAGGCCAGCGGCAUGGUGAAAGCUGAAUUCAUGACGUUGUGGGAUGGAUUGACAUCAAGCAACUCCUCUGGUAUACCAGCGCAGAUAGUUGUGCUUGGCGCCACCAAUCGCAUACACGACAUUGAUGAAGCAAUUCUCCGACGAAUGCCCAAAAAAUUCCCCAUCACGCUACCUGCUUCGGAGCAAAGACGCCGAAUCCUACAACUGAUCCUGAAAGACGCCAAGGUGGAUGCUGAACAUUUUGACUUGGAUCAUGUGUCUAAACUCACCGCCGGCAUGUCGGGAAGUGACAUCAAAGAGGCUUGUCGCGAUGCCGCUAUGGCUCCUGUGCGAGAAUAUAUGCGACAGCAUGGCCGUGAUGGCUCUAAAAGACCGGUUGACCCAGCUCAUUUCCGUGGAAUCAGGACUGAUGACUUUCUUAAACACUCAACUGAUCAAUAUAUGAUAGAAGUGCUUCAGCAACGACAGAGCGGGUCUAACAACAUUCUAGCAAAUGAUGUGCUCGCAGAGAUUGACGAGACAUUUGUUGAGCCCCAAGACUGAGCCUCACACGAGGCCCAUGCGAGCAGCAGCGCCUUAUAUCACAUUUCAGGAAGUAAUACUCCCCUUUUACUGGCUCGUUAUAUUUUGCUUUUAGUUGUUGGCGUAAUAUUUUCACGCUGGCGAGCGUAUACGUCACGAAAUCACCCUUCGUCUGCUCAAAGUAGCCCUUACAAUACUUCUGAUGCUAAAUAGACAGUGGAAUAGCGCCCUGGCGGUACUUUUAGGAUAUACGUAUAUAACGAAACACGUUUGUAAUUAAGACAAGUGCUUAUCAGGACUUUACCCAUAUAAUCUGAGGCAGAUCGUAAGAGUGCGCAUCAGCUAAGCCAGGUCUUUUGUUAUUACAGACAUAUAGCCCUUGAGGAACAAAUUUAUGCUAAUAGCCAGGUUUUGGUUUCACGCCAAAACCCUUCUAAAAAAUCCUACUUCACAAAUCAAACACACUCUUAUCAUUGAUGGAGAUUUCAACGUAUGUUCUACCCACUGGCAUCAAUAUAAAACCGUAGCUUUCCUACCAUUACGUCCAAAAGCAUAAGACUUUUGACGGCCGGGGUCUUCCCCCUCUGUGAGUCGCUUCUCUCAGCCCAAUGACAUGUCUAAAUUUACGUUGCUCAUAUCUCCAUUAAUGCCAAAGAAUUGGAACCAAUCUUCAACGUUUAGAGUUGCUGGCGCGGGCUGUCCUUGCGCAGAGCUUGUGCCCCAGCUAUCAGGACUCUGGCCAUCCUGAAGUCCACCAUCAAAGCCAGCUUGCCACAAAUUAGACUGUCCCUGGAAUCCAGACAUCUGCAUGAUACUGCCCGGGGCGGAGCCUCUAUACUGAUUGGCCUGCAUGCCCACCCCCAUGCCGCCCCCCGGCACUUGAUUCAUCGCACUCUGAUCUAGACCUUGGUGUGUCUGAGGGGGUGAGAGGUUGGGAAAUGCUGGCAUACUUGAACUUUCGGGGAAUAGUUGGUCAGGCUGGAAGUUCUCCCAUAGAGAUUGUGAUAUAUUUGGUGAGUUGCGGGUGACCAAGUAUAAGUCUGGGGGAGUUGCUGGGACAGAAAACGAAGGGUUGAAUGGUGUUGCAGGCCUUGUCUGAGGCCUCGAGUUUGUGCCGCCCAUAAAUGUGUCUGCCCCAGUUUGACGAACAUUUGGAGAUGCUGCGGACGAUCGUUGGUUGACGUUGCCGGCGUUCUCAGCCUUGGCCGCGCUGGGGGUUUGCGGCCUAGAUCUUUCGUACGACUCUUGUGGCGUUGGCGUAUUGCUCAUGAAGUCGAUGGCCAUAUCGUCGUAUUUUCGCUUGGAUGCGUCUUGCCUGUUCAUCUGCUCAAGCUGGGCCAUGCUUUGCUGUAUCUUCCGAUGCCGCUUGCCACCUGCUUUUUGUAAACGCUCUUCCAGAUUCUUAUUGCCAAUGAUGGAUUCAAAAAGAGUAUAGACCAUCUUUCCCACAAGCCAGACACGCGAAACUUCCUUCAUAGCCUGCAUACAGCUGCGCAUCCUAUCCUGCGUUACCUGUUGUAUAGAUGGUACAGGAGAGCGCAUUUGAUAAACGUGCAUGAUUAGGGCUGAGAAUAGGCUGUACACAAUGAAGGCAGGGCAGUAGCGAAGCUGAUUAUGCGCCGCCAAGUUAUCAACUAUCGAAGUAAUCAUGGCUGCGGCCUGGAAAGCAAUAUUUCUUGAUGGAUAUGGGG